GGCGCGCAAAUUUCCGGGACGAUAUACAGUAGAUGCGAGACACGGAGAAUAUUAGGAGAAAAAGAGAGAACUGUUGAAGGGUUCAAAAUGUAUGUAUGUGUUUUUUUUUAAAAAACGUUUUUUAGGUUAGUUUACAGAUUUUAUUGGAGACGCUCAAAAUCCUCCCUAAUCCUAUUUAAUCCACUCCCCUAACUGAAGCAGCGACGAUUCCUCCGUAGUCUCUGCUCAUCAACUACUAGAGUCUAGACUCCUGUAUAAGCGCAAAAGACAGUUGUGGGGGGUUUCUGGUGGGUGGGGUUCAUGGUCAUGGCGCAGCCGCCGGAGGAGCAUCAUGAGCAGGAGAAGCAAGCCAGCAAGGGGGAGUACGACCCGCCGAACGAUAAGCUGAUUGAGAUGAUGGUGGGUCUUUCCAUCUAUAACCAGCAGGCUGCCGUGGCGCUACCGCUUUCCAUCUAUAACCAGCAGACCACCGCCGCACAACCGCGGCUGUGCGAGGUGCACGACGCUGCGGCGGCGGAUAGCUUCUCAUCUGCUUUUCUUGAGGCUCGUCGCAGUAUCAUCGAUCCGCGAGCAUACGUGCCGCCGCCUCCGAUAGGGCAGAAAGCCGGUCCGUCAGCGCCGUCGCAGAUGCAUCCUGGAUUGGUGCGGAUGCCGCUGCCGCCCUACGAUCGUAGCGUGCCUGACGCGCGAUCCUUCGCGGAAGGUCGACUUCGGCGCAGCAUAGCUCGUGGGCCCCGGAACGAGGCCGUGGGCAUGCUCUCGCCUGGCGCAAUCGGCGCAGCUUGCGGCGCCCACCCUGGCGGCCACGCGUAUAUGGCGCCGCCGCCCUACCUACACGGUGGAACGGAGGAAGCCUUGCUCCUCGCGCUGUCCGAGGAAACCCCCGAGAGUAUCGUGUCGUACGCCUGCGACCUCUUGGAGAGCAGACAUGGGCAGCGGCUGUUCCGUCUGGUCCUCAAUCACUGCUGCCAACAGCUGCGGGAUCGAAUCGUUGCUACGAUCACCUGGGACAGGAAGAGUUUCGGUAGCCUUUGCACCCGGAGGCCAGAUGAAGUAGUUCAUAUAAUCAGUUCCUGUGAAACUCGGAGAUCAAUGCAGCUUCUUGGAGAUGCCAUGCUGCAAUGGAUGUCACAUAAUCAGAUGAGGUACCUUCUGUCGGAUUCGAAAAGAUUAAAAGUGCUGCAGGCUUUCAUAAUGAGCUCUCCUCCGGAUAUUGCUCAGUUCAUUCUCAAAGCUGUUGCUCAAAAUUGUACAAGACUUGCAUAUCAACCAGAUGGACUGAGCCUACUGCAAAAUUGCCUAGAGCGUGUCAGCCGGAAGCAAAAGGAUGAUAUUUUUACCCAACUCUCUUAUCAGAGUCUUUUCCUUGCUCAAAAUUCCAGAGGAAACUGGAUCGUUCAGGACGUUCUGCGGAAGGGAGAUCCUUCUCACGUUGAAAUAAUUGCUUCCUGCCUUAGAAAUCAUUAUGUGACACUCGCGAAAAAUAAGUAUAGCAGCAAUGUCGUUGAGUGGUGUUUAAGGGUAUUCCACGAAGGAGAGAGAUCAGUUAUUAUAUGUGAAUUCAUUAACUAUCCUCACUUCAGAGAUCUGGUGACAGAUGAGUUUGCUAAUUUUGCACUCUCUACUGCUCUUCAGACAUGUGAGAUUCCUCUCCGAAACGUUCUGGCAAAUGCCAUCCUUUCCCAAAAUAUCACCGUACGGAAUCAACACUGUAUGAAGAUCUUUAGCACAUUAGCCAAAUAUGGGUUUAUGUAACAGAAUCUUUUGAGGGGAUUUUGAAGUAGCACAUUGCAAUUGAGCAGAUGAUUUUCUACUACUCUGGUCCUUUUCUUUUGGGCGUCUGCAGAUGUUGUGAAGACGUGAAGUAGGUACCAGGUGUACGUUCGAACCAUUUUGUGCUUGUGGAUUUUGUGGAUUGUGGCAUGUGUUAUCUUUGUGGUUAGCUACAUGUUGUUAAGUGUCAUAUGUGUAAGUGAAUAUUCAGUUAUGUUGCUAGUUGUGAUUAUCUUAAUGCUUUAUUUUAAGAGAUUGAUGCCU